UAUAUCCAUUAGAGAGCGCGGGUGGCAGUGAUAUUAGCGCACCCCUUAGAGUUUCUGUAUAAAUUUUGCCUCUUCACAAAUUAUUACAUUUUUCGAUAUAUUUAUAAAAUAUAUACAAUGAUUUUAUAUUCGUAAUUUAUUUGUGAAAUAUUCUUUUCAUUGUUGGUGAUAUACGGAUAUAAAUAAAAAAAAGGAUUUACUCUUAUUAACGUAUUCAAUGGAGACUGGGAGUUCAGUUAUAUUAGAUACUUGUGGAGAUGAUUCGGUUUUGCUUCAGACAGUAAAAAAUAUAGUUAAUCAAAAUCAACAUAAUGAAUUGGAGCCUGAGGAGGAAGAAUUUUUUUUAGUAACAGAUGUUGAAAAUGAACAUCACAGAAAUAUAGAUGUUACAAAUGAAGAUACAGUGUGUAAUCUAAAUGAAUCUCUAGAAAAAGUAUCGUGGUCAGGAUUAUGUAGAAUUUGUGCUAAUGUAAAUGAUCAUUUAAUUCCAAUAUUUGAAGGAGAAGGCAUGGAACAUGCACUGUGUAACAAAAUACAUAAAUAUUUACCUAUACAUAUUUCUGAGAAUGACACAUUACCUUUGCAAUUAUGUUACCAUUGUGCAGCUACAUUAUUAGCAUGGCAUGAAUUAGCUGAAGGAUGUUUAAAUGCAGAACGUCGAUUACUUGAGAUACAAACCUCAUCUCAAAACAAACAGUACUUUCAACCACAGUCAACAGAUGAAUCAGAAACUCUACCAGAAACUAAUAUAUCUCAUGGUACAGAAAAAGUUUUUCCCAGUCAAGAAAAUGAAGUUAAAAGUGAGGCAUAUGAAAAGGAAGCUGCUAAUGAUUCAAGCAGAUGGCAACCAGAUGAUAACAGUAUUAUUCAGAUUUCCACAAUCCAAUUAGAAGACUCAAAAAUAGAAAGAUUACAAUAUCUUCAAUGUGUUCAGUGCGAAAUAGUAUUCACAGAUAUUAAAUGUCUUAUAAAUCAUAUGAAUGCACAACACAGUGCUGGAAUGUAUUAUUGUUCUCAUUGCAAAUUAGCAUAUAAUGGAUCAAACAAAGCUUUUGAAGAACACUUAACUACUCACUAUAAUACCACAUAUGUUGUUUCCAAACAUACGCAAGUAGAAAAUCAAAUUGCAUUGAUGGAAGAAUCCAAUAACGGCGAAGUACAAAAAGAGGAAGAGGUGAAUACAGAAGUGUCUUGCAAUGAGCAAUUAUUGUUUACUUGUCACUUAUGUAAUAGAAGUUAUAAGAAGAAAAGUGAAUUAAAAAAACAUGUAGUUUUACACGAUGAAUUAAUCCAAGCACAAAAUCGUGAUGAAGCAGAGUUAAUACAUAAAGCAAAGCAAAUUAUUAACAAUCGUAUUUCAUACAAAUGUGAAUUAUGUAAAAAAGUUAUAUUCACAAAACGUGGCUUUUUGCGUCAUAUGAGAGUACAUUCUGGGAAACGUCCAUGUAAAUGUGAAUUGUGUGGAAAAUGUUAUCGUAUUGAACAAGACUUAGCACGUCAUAUCAGAGAUGUUCAUGAAGGUUUAAAAAAAUAUCCAUGUGACAUUUGUGGUAGAGCAUUUGCUAAUAAAGGUGCAAAAGAUGAUCACAGAAGAAUACAUACAGGAGAACGGCCAUAUGCUUGUAAACACUGUCCCAAAACAUUUCGUACUUUAAAUUCUAUAUACAUUCACAAUCGUGUACAUACUAAUUAUAAGCCUCAUAAAUGUUCAUAUUGCGGUAAAUACUUUAGAAGUAGACAACGAUUGAAUAAUCAUGAAACAACUCAUACAGGUGUAAAAGCGUUUUCAUGCGAAAUUUGUGGUAAGUCUUUUCCAGUUAAAGGAGAGGUCAUGCGACAUCAUGCAACUCAUAAUCAAGAAAAACCAUUUAAUUGUAAAGGUUGUGGUAUGAAAUUCGGGCAAAAAAGAUACUUACGAAAUCAUAUAAAGCAACAUCAUAAAGAAGAAUCUUGUACAUUAUUAGCAGAAUUAACAGAGAAACAUAAUUAAUAAAUAUUCUUUGUAAACUAGAUUUCGAUUUUUUUUUGUAUGAUUCAUACAAAAAAUAAUGUAUAUAAUUAUAUGUGUGUAUCUUACAUUUUAUUAGAAAUAUUUUUAUUAUACAAUAUAAAUUUACAGAAGAAAUCAUAAUUAAAUAUUUACAUAUAUUAUACGUCGGAAUUAUAAUCAUAUUUUUAUAACUUGUUCGUUAUUUUAUAAAUUAAUCAAUAUCUUUCCUUUUCAAUGGGAAAUGUUCAAUUCUUGAAAUUUUUCUCUUAUCUGAAAAACAUAUUUAAUAAGUUUGUGCUCUUUGUAAAAAUUUUCUUAAUACACAUUAUACAGUAUAAUAUUAAAUACAUAUGAUUACAGUACCUCAGAUAAAUUUAAAUGCUCAUGUAUAGGUAAUCCAAUAUCAGUUACAUUUCUGGAAUCAUUUUUUGUUCUUAGUUUUUCUAUGUUUCGUACAAAUAAAAAUUCAUCCUGCAAAAAUUAAUAAUAUAUAUAAAAUUAUAUACAUAUAGCAAUACAUUCAUAGUCUUAGAUAAAUUUCAUUUGAAAAUAUAAUUCAUUAGUAUAAUUCUAUUAUAAUUACUUUACAAAAUUGUAACCGUUCUUGUUGUCUGAGUCUUUUUCUCCUUGCUUUUGACACAUUUUUUACAGUUCGUAAAACUAAUCUAUUUCUUGUAUUCUGCUUUAGGUCAUAAUUUUCAAAAUUCUCCUAUAAAUAAAUCAGUUACCUCAUGUAAUAAAUUAUAUGUAUAUAUAUAUAUAUAUAUAUAUAUAUAUAUAAAACAAGAAAAUUUCAAUUGUAAAUAUAAGAUCUAGUUACAUUGUUCCAGUCUUCGAUACAAUUACAUAUUGGAACCUCUUCUACACAUGACGUAUUUACACGGGGGAUAGUUGUAGAUGCUUGUGAAGAAGGAAUAUCAUGUUCCAUUUUUUAUUCUCUGACUUUUAGAUAAAAAUAGGAAGCUAAAACAUAUAUACAUAUAAAUUUGUCGUAUAUAAAUCAUAUAUAAAUUAACUAUUUCAUGUUGGAAUUGAUAUAAAGAUAUUGAUAAUUUUUAAAUUUAAUCUAAGUAAUGAACAGAAAUAAGAAAAUGAUAAAAUUUAUAUAUUCAAGAAAUGUAAAUAAAAAUAUAUGAUUUUUACCAAA